AUGGCUGGUCAAGGCGCCGGUCCCUCGAGGCGCAGUCACACCAAGAGCAGAACAGGAUGCAAGACAUGCAAGCGUAGACAUAUCAGAUGUGAUGAAACUUUCCCUCAAUGUCGUAACUGCACGAAGCACCAAGUCCGUUGUGACUAUAUGGACCAACAACGACCUGAAGCAGAGAUGCAAUCACCGCCAGAUCAGAUGCCGCUGCCCUCAUCUCCCGGGAUUGAGCAUAUGCUCGAUGUUUGGCAACAGACUGGCAACUUCCCUUACCCGGAGCUCCAAGUGUUCCCUCCACCUGGUCCACAAAACCAUUCGAGAAUUGAGCUGCGUCUGAUCCAGCAUCUCUCAUCCAUCUCACGGUCACUACUCAUGAACAGCACCAGCGACAUCACGGUAUGGACCUCCAUGGUUCCAAAGUAUCUCAGUGUAGCGACCUCGUAUUCAUACGUCAUGCACGCAUUCUUGGCAUUCUCUGCCAGCCAUCUGGCCUGGGUCUCUCCCUCUCCGGACACGCGUAAGAUUCAAAUUCAGCAUGGCGGUAUCGCUCUACGAGGACUCCACGAUGCCAUUAGUUCCUUUUCAAAGUCCAACGCAGACGCCAUCCUUGCGACUUCCAUCCUACUUAUGACCCAAGCGAACGAUUGGCGCACAUGGUCAUCUCUCGAGACUGGCAUCAGGACCGUUGCAAGUGCUAUGGCUGGAUGGAAACACGAGUCUGUGUUCGCAGAUCUGAUCAACUUGAGCCCUUAUAAGCCUUCGGAAGAUCCGCGACCACUCCCCAGUCCGCAGGAACGUCACGGCAUCCUCACGAGCGUAUUAGCCGCUCUCCAGCGCCUGCAGCCUGUCCUGGCUGUCAACAGCCCCGAAGCCUAUUGGAUCGAGCAGCUCCUGGGUUACAUAUCGUAUCUUCUGAACACUCAGCCUGCGCAGACGGCUGCUGAGCAGUUCGAUCAAUUAUACAGUCUGCGCAAAUGGGUUCUAUUUGUUCCUUGCCUGCUCCUGGAGAAGCCAAUGGUUGAUGGUCCCUCAACGCUUGUGGUGGCCCAUCUGUAUGCUACGGCACUUGCAUUGGAGCCUCUAUUUCCAUCCCUCGGCGCGUCUUUCUGCGCCGCAAUCAGUCUACCUCCUCUUGAGCGGAUCAUCCAGAUGACCGCCCCUAUGCAGACGGACGAUCAAUUCGGCCACCACGCACUGGAAAUCAGUUCCCUCAUGCACUUUCCCCAGCAAGCAGUAUCCACCUAUCGCGCACGCCUGUCAUGGACGCAGCAACAUCUUGAGCAGUUGAGGCUUCAACAUACCCCUCAACAAUCUCCUUAUACACCUGUCUUCAACCUCGAUGGUGUGAGCACUCCCUUUAUGAACUUUGGCAAUCUUAGCCCCGGUUUUGUUCCUUCUUCGAUCAAUCACGGCCGUGAAGAGCACCGCAUGUCCUCCGAUCCGUUGGUAGGCUCUCCGUAUCUUGGAGUGCCCACUCGUACACCCUCGUACGACGGUGGGUUUUCGGACGGCACAAGUCAAUGGGGCACCGCGCAUUCGCCAGCCUUCCCUCCAAACCAUUACGCAGGAAGUGAACAGGGACAAGGAUACAACUCAUACGAUUUUGAGCAAUUAGAAGCACCUCACGGAGGCUUUCGAGGCGGGUUCGUAGUUCCCCCGACCAUCUGGGCAUGA